UUCACAUCAUCGUUACUCAUAAUAUUUGGAGCUCCACAAAAUGGCUUCAAGUCGCCAUUUUGCGUUAUCGUGGCCCUCAAAAGUCCCUACAGUUUUACGUCAUGAAAUUGUAUUCAGCGAAAUUUUAGUACCGCAAUUAUGAAUAAUCUUAGCGCAAACGAGUGUAGCGUGCCACAAGCUUUGUGUGCUAAUGUGUGCGUGUCGAAUAAAAGUAGACUAAAUAGUUUCUAGAAAUCAUACAUUUUAAAUCAUAAAAUGGUCUUAUAUAGUCAAGCUAAAAGUAUAAAUAACUGUCGUGAAAAUUUUUUAAACAGAUUUUGCCAUCAAAAGGACAUAACCUCGUUGAACGUUGCUAAAGCCGCUGCAAUAACGAAGCGUUAGUGAGGUAACAGGUAACAAUAUCACUGAACAUAAAAGAAUAUACUAAAAUUGAAAUCAAAUUCUGAGAAUUUCAUCAUCCAAAUAAGCACAACACAACAUAAAAGAAGUACUCCUGAAAAAUGACGACUGCAGGGCGAAUUCAACAUGCUUCAGUUCAGGAGCUGAACGUAUCCUAUUAAUCGCCGAUGAGAUAAUAUACGAUAAUAUAUAUGGUCAGCGUAUAGGUCACAACUCUUGGCACGAAUUCCAUAAAUUCUAACCCAAUUGAGAUCCUAGUUUUCUGACUGUGGUCGCUACUGUGGAAAUAGUUAUGUAGUACAUGAAAUGAAAGAAUUGCGGUCUGUUGCCAUUCCUGCUUAUAUUAUCAUUGCAUGCAUUGUCAAAGCUAUUAUUUAUAACAUAAAAUUGUAAUUGAACUCUGUGCCAUAUUUAGUGUUGGAAAGUUCUGGUCAAGUUUUCGUAUUGUGCCAUUCACGAUGGGGUCGAGUAUGUUGCUAAUCUGCGUUCCGCAAUGACUUCAAGUGCUCGCAUAAUAUCAGCUGCCAGAAGAAAGAAAAUUCAUCAAACCCGGUUCAUGAAAUUGAGAAACUAUGUCGCCGAAUGUUCAUGAAAAAUUUGUUGAGCUCAUGAUCUCCCGACUGCAGCACUCUCGGGCAACAAAUCCUUCUGAAUACACUACGGAGAAUAUCAGCUCGGAUAAGUCGCGUCGCACAGUGCCUUCUCUACUUUCUGCUGCGAGCAAGAAAGACGCUAUCGGAGUCUUGACGUAUCGAUCAACUUAUGACACUUCGUCCCUGCCUCAUCUUCUCUCUUCAUCUGCCGAGAACGUUUCUCCUCCUCCAAAUUUGAGUUGGAAACCAAGCGAGGAAAGUAGCCUACAUCGAGAUCGUGAAGACAGUGGUCACAAUUGUCCAUUUUGCGACAAGUGGUUCAAGCGCAAGUCUGAUUUACGACGCCACGUUCGUAUUCACACGGGUGAGCGACCCUACGCUUGUUCAUUUUGUCCGUACCGCGCCACACAGAAGGGCGACCUCAACAAGCAUCAUUUGUCGCAACAUGGCUGUGUCCCGACUUUUGAAUAACAAUUGUGGAGGUCACUUUUGAUGAUCCGUAAAGGACUUGAAAUGCAGUUGGAAAACCUCGUAGGUACCACCUAUCAUUCAAAAUUACAAUUCCUGUACAGGAAUGACGUUCAGUUAUUUAUGCUCAAAUUUUUAGUGCUGAACGUUGUUGGCUAGUAAUUGUAAGGUGAAAUUUUUACUGCAAUUCAAUGCUUGUUGCGGCUUUUACGCGAGAAUAUCCAGAUCCUGAUAUCGAUUGAUUCAUUACGCUAUCCUCUUCUUGGGUCUUCGCUGGUGCUUGUCAUAGCGUAUUAAAAAUUCUCCCGCGAGGCUUCGCUUUUGAGUACCCACUACAGAGCUAGUGCUACUCGAUUGCAGGUCUCAGUUUUGGGUUAAGCUUCCAUGAAGAUCUAUGGUUCCUUGCACUUUACGUUCUUUUCGUGUUGGUGGCCGACCGUGUAUGCGACCUCUAGCACCAGCGUCUACGUUCUUGUUACCAAUCACUUAUUGCUUCUUUGUUCUUUGUCUCUCACAAAUAAAAGGCUAUUCCUUAAUUUCUUGCCAGUUUCAGUUCGCUGGCUAGUUGAGACGUUUAGCUUCUUGUGGGUGAAGAAUGUUUUUUAGUAAAAUUUGGUUUUUACCAUAUUUUUUUAGGUAUCGGGAGCUAUGAGACCUUUUGCCUUAUUGUAUGAAGUUAAUAAAGAUAUCCUUGUUUUGAUCUCUAGUGAACCUUAUGCCCAUUAAAGUACCAAUAAACUUAUUCCGCUGUAUAUGUUGAAGAUGUAAAUUUUUUAAUUGGAGAUUGUUGAAAUAAAAUUCAUUUGUGCGUCUUCAUAACGAAAUGUAAGUUCACAAAAAAUGGUCUUGAGCGGUAAAACAUAACAAAUGAAAAGUGAUUCAUUGAAAUCAGGGUUGAAAUUAGAACUCAAACAAAUAGCAAAUCAGCGUAAAACCUUGUUUUUUACGCAUCAUCACAUUGUUAUUGAAGCGACGUUAUAAUGCGAAAAUAAAAAUAUUAUCGACGAGUCAUGUAAGUGUGAUGUAGAAAGUAAACUCUCUAAAAUGC